AUGGUUGCUGUUCCUCUUCUCGGCGAUGGCCCCUACGGCACCAACCUGAGCUCUGCCCGCUCUAGCACUAUCAGUGCCUUCACUGCUCCUAAGCUCGUUGCCGAAAGCAACAAGGUUGCCCAGUCUGCCAACACCUCUCAAACCUCUGUGGCAGCAGCUGCCCCUCGCCGCCCCAACUGGUUCUCGCGACAGGUCAGCAAACUUGAAGUUAACCUGCAUGGCAAAUCUGUGUCGGUCUAA